AAGCUGCAGCAGCUAAAGUGAAUUUAGCGGAACUGCAAGGAACGCCAAGAAGUUACUUAUAAAGGCUGUUAAUCGUGGUGCGUAAAAUGUGCGUAAAUGUCUGCGCGCCCCCAUUUGGAUAAGGUGGUAGAUCCAAAUUUUAAAACCUGAAAAGUUGCCAGGCAAACUAGGUCUGAACUAGUAUCAGAGGCAAAAGUCUACCCUCGGCACGGAUGCUGUUGGAUGUCGCCCGGCUCUGCGCUCCUGCUUUUGUCUCUUUUAUCUUAUUUGAGCCAUGGCUUACUCUCCGCUGGGAUACUCAUACUCCACCACACCGCAGUUUCUGAUGACCUCCAGCUCUCUGGCUGGUUGUCUGGAGCCCGGAACGCCUCCGUCACACCCGGUGCUGCGCUCGCCGGGCCACCAGCUCACCCCUGGCGCCGGCAUUGGCGUCUACAGCGGCCCUUAUCCAAAGAGCCAAGGUUACUAUAACACCUGCACCAGCGACGCCACCGCUCUCUAUUCCAGAGGGCCACUAGAUCCCAAAGAUGGAUUGGGAUCUGUGCAUGUGGGGACAUCUCAGACUCCUGCCUACUAUCCCUAUGACUAUACAUUUGGACAAUAUCCUUAUGACAGAUAUGGGUAUUCCUGCUCUGACGGCGCUUCCCGUCGUAAAAAUGCCACCCGAGAGACGACCAGCACCCUGAAGGCUUGGCUGCAGGAACACCAGAAGAAUCCUUAUCCCACAAAGGGAGAGAAGAUAAUGCUUGCUAUCAUCACCAGGAUGACCCUCACACAGGUGUCUACUUGGUUUGCAAAUGCACGCAGGAGGCUAAAGAAGGAGAACAAGGUGACGUGGUCACCACGGGCUUGUAAAAGCUCUGAUGACCGGGGAUGUGAUGAUGACAGUGAUGAAGCUGAAAAGCCACUUAAAAAUGACAAAGACCUUCCUGAUCGACAGUGUGCAGACCUGCAGAGUGACCUUGAGGACUUCGACCUGCUGGAGUCAGAUGGCUCUGACUGUGAACCAAAGCCACAGUUUCUUUCAGAGGACCAUGAUGCAAAUCCAGACACUGACCUCCCACGUGGGCAUCUCACACACAACCUAGACCCAUUGCACGGAAAAGAGAGAUUGUGCUCAGACUGCCCCAAACUCACAAUGGUCCAACAGCAAAACAGCGGCUUCUAUCCUAAUCCAGAUCUUCGAAGUACAGACAACAAGCCCAAAAUUUGGUCCAUCGCUCACACUGCUGCAUCUUUGGAUGCCAGCUUGCAGCCAGAUUACCCUCCUUGUAUGCUGGCGUCGACCAGGUCCUCCUCUCCUGGGUAUCCAUCAAGUAUGGCACUAACAAAGGCAGACAGGCAACAGGAAUCACCAGUUGCCACGCUCAGAGAAUGGGUGGACGGAGUUUUCCAUGGUCUUCCUUUCCAACAGCCCAAACCAGCGGGGGUGUGGAAAGGCUUAAAUGAUGCCGUGAUGGACAGCAGAACACCCAGACAAUCCCUUGAACUUGUUAGGUCUACGUCAUCUUUGUAGUCCGACCACCACAUUUUCAACGGAAUAUUUCAAAGACUGCUGGACAUAAAACAAAAAGUCUAUAUUUUGCUGUUGUGACUUUACCAAUUGACCGUUUGCUAAGCGCCACCUUACUGUUGCUACCCCAUCAAGCUUUUCAUUCUCCCACAGCACAUGUAGUUUACAAUGAUAACAGUGGCAGAUUGAGCAAUGGGAAUUUAAACAAUAGGUCGUUGAUUGAUUCCAGACUGAGGCCGAUGAAAGAAGGCUUUUAAUUUCUAGCCAACAACCAUUGGUGGCAGAUUUUAUUAUCUCUAGCUAGCUUAUUAAUUAAGCUAAUGUUGUAUAAAUGAAUUUAUUAGAAAACCUGACUCUGGCUGACUUUUAAACUUGACAGCUGUAUCUUGUAAAAGAGGUCUUAAAUAUGCACUUGUUGGCUACAUAUAUGAUAUUGAGCUAGCAGACUGAAGCUAAAGCUUCAUGUACCAGGCAAAAAAAGUCACCUCUAUCUCAGGUAACAGUGGCUCAGGUUGCUGAGUAAACUUUGUCAAAACCAGUAAAUAGCAGGACAGAGCAACUAACAUUAGCCAAAACUCUUUAUAGCAUCCAGGAUUGACUUCCACACAAUUCUACACAGUGGGUGUGCUUUCGUGUAACGUAACAUUGUAACCCCACAGAUAAUGUAUUUAACGAAAUAGUUUAUGAUGUGCUCCUUGGCUUUGGAGGUUCUGGUUGAUGACUGUAGGCAGUAAGCUAGUUAGCCAGACCUGGUAAUGACUGCAGCCUCCAUUAGACCAGACAAACACAAUGUUUAAUCUAUUUCUUAAACUUUUGCUCUUCUGGUUUUGGAAAAGUUUGAAUAAAAGACUAACACUUUCAAUGCAGAGUAUUACUCCUACAAUCCAAAGUUUGAUAGAUCUGGUGUGCCCAGUUAUGGUUGCUAAGCUAUGACUGGGCAAUUGUUGUCCGGGUAGGGGUUUAGCGAACGGUCAAUUAACAAUUUAUGAUCCUGUUUUGGCGUUUGGACAGGCCCAAACUCUCUACCAACUUAAAAACUCUUAUGAGCUCCAUAAAUGAUCAAAUGUCUUACAGCAAACAAGUGUCACCACACACGUUCCUGCAGCAAGGUUGUAUGGUUCAUACACAUGAAAAAUAUACAAUAUUGUACACUUGCACUAUAGCCUGCACAAGCACUGAGUCACAAAAAUAAAAGGUGUAUUACAUA